AUGCGCCUUAUAACGGGUACAUGCGGGUCACUUGCGCGCGAGAAUCCGCGGGACGGCCCGCCGCAUUUCCGGUGCUACGCGCGGCGAUUCUCGCCUUGUCCGGCGCAGCGGAAUGGCGCGGAGCUUCCGCCCGUUCCGCCAAUUCCCGCGCAGCGGCGGGAUGUCGCGGCGGCUCUGCCCGUUCCCGCGCAGGGGAGUGACGCGGAGCUUUCGCCAGAAGCCGCGCAGGCGGAACGGGUUCCGCGGGUUGGGAAAGAAGAGGUUGAGGGUGGGCAGGGGGAAGGGGCAAAGGGGAGGGAUGUGGCGGAAGAAGGGGGAAGCUCGGGGGAGGGGGGAGGUGGGGGCGAGGGUGGGAGUCUAUGGGGCGGUGAGACAGGGGGAGCGGUGAUGGGGGGAAUUGGUGGUAGAACGGGGGAAGGUCACACAUGGGUUUGGAGGUUAGAUGGAGGAGGGGGAUGGGCGAAAGGGUUACAGGUGGGGGAAAGGCAAGCUGUGGGAACGGGGGAAGAGGUGCGAGAGGGGGAAGAGGUGCGGGAGGAGGUGCUGGAGGGGGAAAAGGUGCGGGACGGGGAAGAGGUGAAUGAAGAUGGGGAUGGGGAGGAGUGUGAAGUGGUUUGUGUGGGGGAAUGUGGGGGGGGCGAGGGGAAGUGUGAGGGAGGAGAAGAUGAUGUGACGGAAGUUCCAAUCUGGAUAUUAACAGAGGACAAUAGGUGGCGGGAUAUUAACGAAUUAUCUGGUGAAAGUGGGAAGGAGAAAGAAGACUUGACGGGGGAAGGGGGGAGAGUGAGAGAUAGGGGGGAAGAAAAGGUGGACGAGGAGAGGGGGGAGGGGGGGCAUGAGAAGCAGCAUACUUGCAAGGCAUGUGGGAAGGCUUUUGAUCGGCGGGCAAGGUUAAAGGAGCACGUGGCCUCUCACUCACUCACUCGCCCACUCUCCCAUCCUAAACAGCGGGGGCCGUUUGUGUGCCCGCAUGUGGGUUGCCACAAGGCGUUCCCCAGAAGCUCCAAGCUAACAAGGCACCUUAUAGCGCAUGACCCCAAUGCUCCUCGGCUCACGUGCCCUCAUCAUCCCCACUGUCUCCGAGCUUUCAAGUACCGAGACGCCCUGGCGUUCCAUGUGAGGACAGAGCACGCCGGGGAAUGGGGGACUAGGGGGCGGGUGGUUGGUGUUUCGCGUGAGGAGGUGGGGAGUGUGGGCGGGGUAAGCAUUGAGCAGAAGAAGUGGGGAAAGAAGGGAAAGAGAGCGAAUAGGGGAGUGGUGGGGAGGCGUCAUCCUGUGAGAGAGGCGGUAGAAGGGGGGAAGGAGAGGGGGGAAGGGGAGGGAGAGAGAGGGGAGGAGAGGGAAGGAGAGAAAAGGAAUGGUGAGGAGAUGGGUGAAGAGGGAAGGACCGUGGGGGAGAGGAAUGAAGAGGCGAGGGAUGACGAAGAGAGAGGAAGGAGAGGGGAGGAGAGGUAUGAAGAGGCAGGAUUGACCCAUCGCCUUCCUUCCAGGCAUGGCAGCUUGGGAAGGCCACUGGGCCAGCCGCAGGAGGAGGGCCGUGGGGCUGGAGCAAGGAGGGGGGAAGCGGAGGAGGGAACGCAAGUUUGCCCAUUCACGCGCAUCCUUCCAGUGGAUUCACCGGCCAGUGAAAUCGCUCAAGUCACUUCUUCUCUCUGCCUGGCUGUUCCUCUGCCCCUGCCCUCAUUUCUCUCCCUCACCGCUCAUUUUGUUGCAGAGCACCCGUGCCCUCAUCCCCACUGCUUUCGAACCUUCAAGCGCCCAGACUACAUGGUGCGACAUUCUAGAAUGAAGCAUUGCACAGAGAGGGGGAGAGGAGGAGAGAGGCUGCAGCAUGCAAGGAAUCAACGUUGCGGGGAGGCAAGGAGGGACGAAGAGGGAAGGAGGGAGGAGAGGGACGAAGAGGGAAGGAGGGAGGAGAGGGACGAAGAGGGAAGGAGGGAGGAGAGGGACGAAGAGGGAAGGAGGGAGGAGAGGGACGAAGAGGGAAGGAGGGAGGAGAGGGACGAAGAGGGAAGGAGGGAGGAGAGGGACGAAGAGGGAAGGAGGGAGGAGAGGGACGAAGAGGGAAGGAGGGAGGAGAGGGACGAAGAGGGAAGGAGGGAGGAGAGGGACGAAGAGGGAAGGUGGGAAGAGGAUAAGCGCGAGGAGGAGAGGAGGGAGGGGGAACGGAGCUUAGAGGGUUUCAGGCAAGAAGUGGGACAUGGAGGGGAGAAACAAGCAAGUGAUGCAAUUGGGGAAGGGGAAAGAAGAUGGGAGGAGAGGAACGAAGAGGGAAGGAGGGAGGAGGAGCGGGGCGAAGAGUGGUGGGUGCCACAUGCCUUCCCACUCAGAAGCAGGGAAAACGUGGGAAGGGCAGAGAGCCGCGUGGGGGAGAGCAGCGUGGAAAGGGCUGUGAUCCCGCUCGAGGAAGAGAGCGUUGCAGUUGGAGAAGGGAGGGGGGAAGAGGAAAGAGAAUCCUGGAGAAAGGGCAGCGUUGGGGAGGCAGUGGUGAUGCAGCUUGAAGAGGGGUUCGGCACGGUUGGAGACGGAGUGGGGAUAGAAGGAGCAACACCAUUGCUUCCACCCAGGGGGGAGGGCAGUGUUGGGGAGGCAGCGGUGAUGCAGCUUGAGGAGGGGUUGGGCACGGUUGGAGAAGGUAGGAGGGAGGAGGGAGCAGAUGCUGUGAUGGAGGACGAGGCUGGAGUGAACCAUUCCCGCCCUGCCCAUUCCCUUGUUGCCAAGGUGGGUAGGGCAGUGGUGCAGGCGCAAGGGGAGGGCAACAUGAUUGGGGGAGGGAAAGGAGCGGGGGGGGUUGCUGGGGUCAGCGAGGGGAAGAAUCAGUGUGGGGAACAGGAGGAGGAUGGGUGUGAGGAGUAUGGUCGAGGUGGAGUGGGGAAGGGGGAGGAAGCGGGGGAUGAUUUGUGGAUAGAAACGGAAAUAGGGGAGAGAGUAGAGGAAAGGGGAAUACGGGAGAAGGAAGUGGGAGGAGGAUACGGAGAGAGCGAGAUAGAGGGCAUCGAUGGAAGGAAGGAGGAAGAUGCGGCGGGUGAGAAAAAGGUGCGCACGAGCGUGCUCGAGUGGCGGAAGAGGAAGAACCAUGGUGCAGCAAGAGUUGGAGCAUCCAGACAGGAGGGGUUUACAAGGAGAGAAGUGAUGAGAAAGAGAAGGUGUGCUAGAGGAGGUGCUGAGGGGGAGGGUAUUAAUUCCAGGAAAAUCCACGUGAGAAGCCACCUGAAAAGCCACCUGAAGGGGCACAAGAGAUACCUGGCCACGAAGGUGCAUCUGAUUGUUGGGAGGAGAGGCCGCCGAUGCAAGCUGAGGAAACACCUGAAGGCAACAGAGAAACAGUUGAGGCGGAAGGAGAUGCUCUUGAAGGAGGAAGAGGCCCACCUGAGGCAGAGGGGCGAGCACCUGAAGCAACAGGAAGAGCACCUGAUGCAGCAAGAGCUGCACCUGAAGCAGCAGCGAGAACUCCUGAAGCAGCAGCAUGAGCACCUGGACGAUCAGGAAAAGCACCUGAAGCGUAAGAUGCAGCACCUGGAGCUUCAGUCGCGCGUGCCCCCUGCUGACGAGCGCGUGGCUGCCAGGCAGCCGCGCGGUCCGGUCAAGUCAACGGGGGCUGACGCGGACGGCGACGCUGGUCAGCCGGGGCCCACUCUGCAGAAGCGGCAGAAAGCAGCGGCCUCAGCAGAAACCGCCCCAGUUAAAACCGGGGUGCACAUUCAGCUGAAUGUGCAUCAAAGGUUAUCCCUUGACUGA